AUGACCUCCAAAGAAAGCAUCUCGCCAAAACAAAAUGAUAUCGAUACGCACUCAGUAAUUUCUAUGCAGGAGUUGGACCCCUCGCCAGUGCAUGAGGGAUUCUCCGACCUUGAAAGUGGUCAAUACAUCCCUCAAUCACAAAUUUAUCCAUCUAAACUUGGAAAUAUAUCGGAAGCUGGGCUGCCCCCGUUCAGCCUUGGUCUCCGUGGACACAACUGGGAUUCAUGGUUAUCCGCACUUCAGAGAUACUCAACGUACCCCCCCACUUUAUUCUUUACGCUGCAUUUCGCCAACACCUCUCUUUUCCCUUUAGCGACUCGGUCGGUUCCAGAUAGUGAAGCCUAUCUGCUUCUUACGAGACCCAUCUACCACUCUCCAGGGCUUGAACAUGUGAUCCUGACCAUUCCUAUCCUUAUUCAUAUCGCUUCCGGCAUUGCUCUCCGCAAUCUUCGUUCUUCUCGCCGUGCACGACUGUAUGGAGCGGAGACUAGGGCCCAGAAAUACUCCCUGUAUUUCUGGCCGCGGAUGAGCCUGCAAGCGCGUUUAGGGUACUGCUUCGUUCCGCUCCUUGGCGCUCACGUCCUCGUAAACCGUGUCACGCCAUUGAUCGCCGAUGGUGGGAGCUCGGGGGUGGGUUUGGGCUAUGUUGCGCAUGGAAUCGCACGAAACCCUGUCUUUUGGAAUGUAUACUACGUGACCCUCGCCGCUGUUGGGAUGUGGCAUAUCAUUGGAGGAUGGGCUACUUGGAUGGGCUGGAGGGUCACCACGACUCAGAAGGGGCGAGGCUAUAAGAAAGGCUCAAUUGAAGGUUACUUGGGGUACACGGAAAGCGAAGAGCAGGCCAAGAGAAAAAGAAAAAUGCGGUGGAUAGUCAAUGGAGUUGCCGCGGUGGGAACAGCUGUCUGGCUGGCGGGUGCUCUGGGAAUAAUUGGUCGUGGAGGUCAGGGUUCGGGAUGGGAGGCCAGUGGCUGGAAUGAAAUUUAUAAACACGUACCUAUUUUCGGGCCCUGGCUAUGA